AGCAAACCGGGGAUUCUACCAGGAAUUAAGAAGAAUUCCAAACAAGCCAUACCUCUAUCCAAGGUUGGAGCAGAGUACGAUAAACUUGCAUUCAAAGCACAAUCACAAAGAAUUGCCUUGGAGAUGUAUUCAAAAGUUCAGAAUAGUCAUUUCAAAACAAGAAUCUCCCAAAUUCAUAAGUGAAUCGUCUCAUCAAAGAUUCAGUUGGAUUCCUUAGACCCCGAGAAGUUAGGAUUCAAAAAUACUCCUAAAUAUUAGUUGGAACAAAACUGUGAAUCUGCAAUCAAAAAUACGAGAGCUUGAGAGGUGAGCUAGGAGACCUUCUAGAGCAAGUCCAUAAAGCGUUCCAGAUGACCAGGAGUCUGAAAACUCUUGAUAUUGACAACUCAGCACAAAAUAAAGAUGUUAGAAGCGCUAAAAUCAGAGUUGAGGAGAAUCUCAAGCAGCAAUCCGAAAACAUUGACUCUCAAGUAUUCUUUUCCCUUCGUGAGAAAUAUUAUGGGAGGUCAUUCUAUAGAUAUUCUGACUUUGAGUUGACCCUCUAGACCUAAGUCGUUACCACAAUGCCCAAUUGAUGGAAAGUGUAACGUUUUUAUCUCUCCAUAUAUACGAUAUAAGAACUGAACACUUGCCCUCUUUGAGAAAGUUUCUAUGAAAUUCAUCCUGGAGAAGAGUGCAGGAAUUAAAUCUGAGUUUUCAUAGUAGUGUAUGAUUCAAUAAGAGCAAAUGCCUAAAAAGCGUCCUAAAUGCUAGCUAUAAGGUAAAAUCUAAAGUCUGGAUUAGAAACACAACCAUAAGCCAAUCUUCAUUGAUGAAGCUUCUUUCUGCUUGUCGGAAUACAAAGGAAUUAAUCUUUCAGAACUGUGAAAUUUUUAUUACAAAAGUGCCUAACUUCGGUCAUUCUUUGGAUGGAAGUAUAAUCGAAUCAUUGAGAUUGAAGGACUGAAGAAUAAAUGGAUCUGCAAGAACUAAAACAUCUACUAACGGCUUAUCGAAAUUAGUAGAAGGGCUCUCUAAAUCGCUAGAUUUCAGAGAAGCUUCCAAAGAAUUCAAGUGUUUAAUUGAUGAAAGAGAGUUUUCGCAAAUAUUGAGAGAACAUGGAUAAGAUAAAACUGAUGUUGUAUAAGAGAAGAAAUAAGAAUUAUUAAUC